AUGUUAGAUAUUGUCGUUGCUAACCAUGGAAAUAAAAGUAUAGGUGUACUUCUAGGUCAAGGCAAUGGAACUUUUAUAGGUCAAACGACAUAUUAUUUUGGUAGUGCUUCUCCAUAUUCUAUUGGCAUCGGUGAUUUCAACAAUGACGAUCAAAUGGAUUUAGUUGUAACGAAUAAUGGCACUGACAAUAUAGCUCUACUUGUUGGUUAUGGCAAUGGUACCUUUGCAAGUCCAAAUAUGUAUUCAACUGGAUCUUCUUCGUCUAUCUCUCAUGCUAUAGGUGAUUUAAACAAAGACAAUCGUUUAGACAUUGUCGUCAUCAACAAUGAUACGAGCACCAUAUGUGUCCUGCUUGGUUAUGACGAGUUCUUUCCACUUCAAACGACAUAUUCAACUGGCACUUAUCCACAGUCUUUAGCUGCCGCUGAUUUUAAUAACGACUAUCGACUUGAUAUUGUCGUCACUAAUUUGUUUGGCAAAACCAUCAGUAUAUUUCUGGGAUAUGGUAACGGUUCUUUUUCAAAUCAAACAACUUAUCCAACUGGUUUGUUUCCCCAAUCUGUAGCUGUUCGUGAUUUUAACAAAGACACUCGACUAGAUAUCGUCGUUGCUAACAGUGUUGAUAAUACUGUAAGUGUGCUUCUUGGAUAUGGUAAUGGUUCUUUUGCAAAUCAAACGACUUAUUCAACUGGCGAUGGGCCAAGUUCUGUAGCAGUUGAGGAUCUCAAUAACGACAGUCAAUUGGAUUUCAUCGUAGCUAAUCAAUAUAGCAACACUAUAAGUGUACUUCUUGGAUAUGACAAUGGGUCUUUUGCAAAUCAAACGACAUAUUCAACUGGCGAUGGGCCAAAUUUUGUAGCUGUUGGUGACUUCAACAAUGACACUCAACUGGAUAUUGUUGUCACUAAUUCGUUCGACAACACCAUCAGUGUAUUUCUCGGAUAUGGCAAUGGUUCUUUUGAAAAUCAAAUGACUUAUUCAACUGGCUUGUUUCCACAAUCUGUAGCUAUUGGUGAUUUUAACAACGAUAGCCGGCUGGAUUUCACCGUCGCUAAUCAAUAUAGCAACACUGUAAGUGUAUUUCUCGGAUAUGGCAAUGGCUCGUUUACAAAUCAAACGACAUAUUCAACUGGCAAUGGACCAAGCUCUGUGGUUGUUGAUAAUUUUAAUGACGAUACCCAAGUGGAUAUUGUUGUUACUAAUACUGGUAGUAACAAUGUAAGUGUACUUCUCGGAUAUGGUAAUGGCUCGUUCGCAAAACAAACGACAUACUCAACUGGCUCUUUUCCAGUUUCGGUAGCUGUUGGUGAUUUGAAUAAUGACACCAGAUUGGACAUUGCCGUCGCUAAUUAUCAGAGCAACACUGUCAGUGUACUACUUCGGUUUGAUAGAGGAGCUCUGAAAAACGAAAUGACAUUUGCACCUAGUGAUGCUUCUGUUAUGCGAAGUGUCGCCAUUUUUGAUUCCAAUAACGAUGGUCUACUCGAUAUUGUCGUUGCCAAUUACGGUACUAAUAACAUAGGUGUAAUUCUUGGAUAUGUGAAUGGCACCUUUGGACAUCAAACACUGUUCUCGGCGAGCUCAGAUUCUCAUCCCUACUCAAUUGCCACCCAUGAUUUCAAUAAAGAUAGUCAAAUUGAUAUCGCAGUGGCUAAUCAUGGUAGUAAACGUGUUGGUAUCUUUCUGGGAAACAUUAAUGGGUCUUUCCACAGUGAAGAAAAUUAUGGGAGUGGUUUGGAUUUCAAUCCAUCGGUUAUUGUCGCCGGUGAUUUCAAUAAAGACGGGCGUUCGGAAAUAGUUAUCGCAUAUGAUGACACUGACAAUGUAGAUGUGUUCGCUGUGUAUGACACUGGAUCUUUCACUCAUCCAACGACAUACUCCACUGGCUUCGGUCCAAACUCUGUCGUUGUUGUUGAUCUUAAUGAUGACAACCGACUGGAUAUCGUCGUCGUUAAUGGUGGCAGCAGCAAUGUAGGUGUGCUUCUUGGAUAUGGUAAUGCUUCUUUUGCCAAACAAGUGACAUAUUCAACUGGCUUUUUACCGAGUUCUGUAGCUGUUGACGAUUUUAACAAUGACACCAUACCAGAUAUUGCCGUCGUUAAUUGGAAUCAUAACACAAUAAGUGUACUUCUUGGAUAUGGUAAUGGCUCUUUUGCAAAUCAAACAACAUAUUUCACUGGCUCUGGUCCAAGGUUUAUAGCCGUUGGUGAUUUUAAUAACGACUACCGACAGGAUGUCGUCGUCACUAAUUAUGCUAGUAACACUGUAAGUCUACUUCUUGGAUAUGGCAAUGGGUCUUUUGCAAAUCAAAUAACAUAUUUCACUGGUUCUGGCCCAAAUCCUAUAGCUGUUGGUGAUUUUAACAAAGACACUCGACUAGAUAUCAUUGUUGCCAAUGAUGGUGACAACACUGUAAGUGUGUUUCUCGGAUAUGGAAAUGGUUCUUUCGCAAAUCAAACAACUUAUUCAACCGGUGAUGGGCCAAGCUCUGUAGUUGUUGGCGAUCUUAAUAACGAUACCCGACUGGAUCUUGUCGUCACUAAUGUUCGUAGUGACAGUGUAAGCGUACUUCUUGGAUACGGCGAUGGAUCUUUUGAAAAACAAAAGAUAUAUUCAAGUGGUAAUGGACCAACCUCUGUAGCUGUUGACGAUCUUAACAACGACACCCGACUGGAUCUUGCUGUCACUAAUGGUCGUAGUAAUAGUCUAAGCGUAUUUCUCGGAUAUGGCAAUGGCUCUUUCGCAAAUCAAACGACAUAUCCAAUUGGCUCCUAUCCACAAUCUAUAGCUAUUGGUGACUUUAACAGCGAUGCCAGACUGGAUAUCGUAGUCGUUGAUUUGAAUGACAACAAUAUUGGUGUACUUCUUGGAUAUCCCAAUGAUGCUUUCGUAAAGCAAAUGAGGCUGAUGACUGGCAAUGGAUCGCGACCUAAGUCAUUGGCCGUUGGGGAUCUUAACAAUGAUGGUGAAACAGACAUUGUCGUCGCAAAUUCAGGCGUUAACAAUGUUGGAGUUUUUCUGGGAUAUGGCAAUGGUUCUUUCUCUAAUCAAAGAAUAUAUUCAACUGAUUCGUCUCCAAGUUCUAUUGUUGUUGGGGAUUUCAACAACGAUAGUAUACUUGAUUUGGUCGUCGCUAAUAAUGGCAAUGACAGCGUUGGUGUCUUUCUUGGAUAUGUUAAUGGCACUUAUUCAAACCAGAAAAUAUUUUCAACUGGUUAUGGCUCUCAACCGAAGGCCAUUGCCGUUGGUGAUUUCAACAACGACACUGCACUAGAUCUUAUCGUCGCUAAUUACGGAACAAACAACAUAGGCGUGUUGCUUGGAUAUGGCAAUGGGUCCUUCGCCGCUAUAACGACUUUUUCGAUCGACUAUGGCUCUCUCCCAUUCGCAGUUUGUGUUGGUGACUUUAACAAUGAUGGAAAACUGGAUUUUCUGGUCGCCAAUGAAGGUAGUGAGAAUCUGAAAGUUUUAUUACAGACUUGUUAA